CGCCCGCUCGCCGCCGGCGCGGCGCCGCGCCCGCCCCGCCUGGGUCGGCCCCUCGGCCGCCCGCCCGUUCGCCGGGCCCCGCCCCGGCCCUGCGCCGCCGCCGCCGCCUCCAGCAGCCGCCGCCAUGAAGCUGACCGACAGCGUGCUGCGGAGCUUCCGUGUCGCCAAGGUGUUCCGCGAGAACUCGGACAAGAUUAACUGCUUCGACUUCAGCCCCAACGGCGAGACGGUCAUCUCGAGCAGCGACGACGACUCCAUCGUGCUCUAUGAUUGCCAGGAGGGCAAACCAAAGAGAACCCUGUACAGUAAGAAAUAUGGCGUGGACCUCAUCAGAUACACUCAUGCAGCAAACACAGUCGUUUACAGCUCUAACAAAAUAGACGAUACUAUUCGUUACCUGUCCUUGCAUGACAACAAAUACAUCAGAUACUUUCCUGGACAUAGCAAAAGGGUGGUGGCCUUGUCCAUGUCACCUGUGGAUGACACUUUCAUUUCUGGGUCUCUUGAUAAGACCAUUCGGCUCUGGGAUCUCCGGUCUCCUAACUGCCAGGGUCUCAUGCAUCUACAGGGCAAGCCAGUUUGUUCUUUUGAUCCAGAAGGAUUAAUUUUUGCUGCAGGUGUCAAUUCUGAAAUGGUCAAACUUUAUGAUCUUCGCUCUUUUGAUAAGGGGCCAUUUGCGACAUUUAAAAUGCAAUAUGAUCGGACUUGUGAGUGGACAGGACUUAAGUUCAGCAAUGAUGGUAAACUCAUCCUCAUUUCCACCAAUGGCAGCUUCAUUCGUCUGAUCGAUGCAUUCAAGGGAGUGGUGAUGCAUACGUUUGGGGGUUAUGCCAACAGCAAAGCUGUCACACUAGAGGCCUCGUUUACUCCAGACUCACAGUUUAUUAUGAUUGGUUCAGAGGAUGGCAAGAUCCAUGUCUGGAAUGGAGAGAGUGGUAUAAAAGUAGCUGUGUUGGAUGGCAAACACACAGGCCCCAUUACCUGUUUGCAGUUCAACCCCAAGUUCAUGACUUUUGCCAGCGCUUGUUCCAACAUGGCCUUCUGGUUGCCCACCAUUGAUGACUGACCUGCAUGGUGCUUGGCUGUUUUCUGUACAGCAAGGGUGGCCAAUAGGAAAAAACUCAGAGGGGACUAAAAUAAGAGUGGGAUUGGAUCAUUUGACUGGGCUGGAGAGCAUCCUUCUACAUGGCCUUCCCAAGGAUGUGCUGUACAUCUGCUCAAAAGAAAUUACUUUGCCGAGCUUCUUCAAAAGGACUCUUGGUGCAGUAGAUUCAGUCGGGACUCAUUUUCCAGCUGUCACUGCACCGAGCUCCUCCAGAGGAGUGACCAGACUCGUGAUUAGGGUAUAGUGGGGCCCUUAAGACAUCUUCAGUUUUGAAUGUAUUUGCUGCUGAGAAGUUGGUGAAGUUGUUAAUUCUGCACAUCCCUUCUCCCACCCCCAUCAAUGCAUGGGAAGCCUCAGUUCUGGUUUUGAGAUGCGAGGGCAGCUCAGUGCCCCCUGCCCUCACCCUGCAUGUCUUCUUACUGGGUCUCCCUGUGUCACUGUGGCAUUAUCCACAACCAUCAUGUUACUUAGGUGCCAAACAUUUACAGAAAUAAGUCUCUGUAUAUCUUAAGGUCAGAAAGAGACAGAUACAGAAGGACCUUGCUUGCCAGGAAGUCUUGCAAGUUAGUCAUGUGAGGGAGGGUGAUCUGGGUGUGCCUCAGGCUCUGGGUGUUGGGUGGGAAAAGGGCCGAGAGCCUGAAAGGGAGGGAGGAGGAGUAGCAGGCGAGUUCCUAGGACUGGGAGGUUUAGCAGCAGCUUGGUGUCGUGCCCUGUCAUCAAAACAAACCUGCGGUCCUUCUGGGUGCCUGCCAAGUUUGGUUGUGUACAGAAGCAAGGUGGGCGUCUAUUUUUGUACAUGAGCUACAUCACGCUUUCCUGUGGGCCAGUAUUGUGGAGUGAGUCUGAGUUGUUUACACUGAUGCCUUCCCUGCCCAUCACAAGUUGUGUACAUAGUCUCCAGAUGAUACCACCCCUUCCCCAGCUCCUAACCAAGAGCUGGCUCUAGGCCUGUGUUAUAUGUUAUAUUUAGCCUUUUUAUAUAUGACUUGGGAUUUCUGUUGUUUGUAUUUUAGCACAGUGUGUGUACACCUUCAUUUAAAUAUAUCGUGUGUGUGCAUACAUAUAUACUUAUAUGUGUGUAUGCAUAUAUAUAUAUAUAUAUAUUUAAAAGUAUCAGAGUUCAGCUGAAGGAGAUGGAGUCCGAUACCCCAGGAGAAAGACUGCAUCCUUGCUAAUAGUGUUUGCCACAAGUGUUAGUCUUCCCUAUUACCUUUUUCCCUUCGGGAGACUGAACAAAAGCAAAGCUUUUGAGUGUUUGCUGUCCCCAUGGCAGCUAAGUGAGGGUCCUGGAAUGACUCCCUUUUGUUCCUCAAGCCGCACUUUGGGGCCUUCUCUGCAGUAUUAGCCCCCUUUUUGCCUAGUGAUGCUCUGUCUGCGCCUCUAUGUGUGUGACAGUCACUUUGCAUGCCUUUUGUGUCUGGCUCCCAGCAUUUGGGGACAGGAUGCUGGAACCAGAGCAUUUUCAGCUUGUCCAGGGCUUCUUUGCCAAUUACAGGUCACUCCUGUUUACCUGCUAUGUCUGCUUUCUUGCUUUUUUUCCUUGCCUUCUUUUGGGAGAGGGAGGAUUCCUGAUUGGGAUUGAGAUGAGUUUCAGGUAGCUCACUGCCUUUUCCCCUGCAUGGCCUUCUUAGAACAGGACAAGUGGUAUGUUAUUUCACUAAGUUCCCAAACAGCUAAGCAAGUAACACAUUUCCUGUAGAUCCAGAAACAGGCUCAACAAGGUUAUGUUUGACUUGCCCAAGUGUACCUGUUGGGGAAGGCAAGCCAUUACUGCCUCUGUUGAACAGCAGGAAUAGGCUGAGUUUCUAGCAAUUACUGUUUUGUUUUGCUUUUUAGCAAUUACUUUUUGGCUUGUUCCUUAACCUUAAGAGCAAAGGGCAUACAUCUUUCCCAGACAUAGACUGGAAUCUGCAGCUUCUGCAGUGCCCCACACUAUAGCUCUGCAUUCUCAGCAUGGAGGGACUUUCAGAAACCAAGUGAUCUGAGCUGUGACUGCCCACCUCUGGCUUUCCAGGGUAGAAAAUUCAUGGUAGGAAUAACUGUUCAGAGAGUGUUUGGAACUGUAGGUUAACAAGAAUGCCUGCUGCCUACCCAGAGCAGCCACCACACAUGACUUGUCUAUCAGCAGGAAGAUGAUUUGUAUUGAGUUCCUGUGUGUCCAAAGCUGAGGCACCACAUUCUUUGAAAAUAUGCACGGCACUGCUUCUAUUUAUGGGGACCUAUGGCUGCAGAGCUGUCUCCUGAGUUGGGAAGAAAAGGGAAAGAUGCAGCUGGAAGUGACCGAAGAUGAUGUGGUGGUGGGAAUAAGGCAGCAUUAAGGGAGAAGAGAGUCUGUGGGUCAGAGAGGCUGAGGAGCACCAGGGCUGCAAGGACAGGCUCAGUGGGAGCCAGAGGUGCUUAAGCUCUCCUGGGGGCGGGUGCACCAUGCUCUCAAGAGUCAGGGCCAAAGCCUCUGAUUUAUACGUGACAGUGACAUUGCACUGCUCAACCACCAGCCAGUGGGUUUUGUUUUUGUUUUUGUUUUUUUUAAAGAAAAAAAACUGUUGCAAUCAUAAUGCUUAUUAAGAAAAAUAUGGGAAUUUUAAAAAUAAUGUUUGCCACCCAAAUGUUACCACUGCUAAUCUUUUGCUGUUAAGUGUUCCUCUAGACAUUUCUGUGCAUAGAUUUUUGGCGUGUUUACAUAGUUGUUAUUCUACUGUAUAUACAAUUUUAUGUCCUUUUUGUACUUAACAUAUAAACGUUUUUUCCAUGUUA